UCCGUGUCUUGGCAGUAUGGACGCUACAAUUGAGGCUUGGCGCAAGAAGAUGCCAAGCAAGCGCGCGCUUACGUCCACCAUCAACCAGCUCGUGCAGCAGAAGUCGGUGGCUGUCUUGUACACGCCCACAGAGGUGGAGCGUAUCAAACAAAUGACCGACAUGAUUGCGGAGGCCACGAGCGACUACGAGGCGGAUGAAGACUGGGACCGCAUUCUGCGAGUCGUUGACGCGCUCAGCAACGUUAGCAAUCGCGCUGUGCUGAAAGAAUCGAUCCGGUAUCUGAAGCUGCGGCUGGGAGAUCCGUCGUCUCGUGUGGUGAUUCUGGCACUGACGUUGACCGAGUCCAUCGUCAAGAACUGCGGAGACCUCGUGCAUCAGGAGAUAGCUACGGAGCAAUAUAUGGGCGAGAUGGAGGCGCUCUACAGGACGCAUGCGAACAAGCGUGGUCGCGAUAGUAUGGAGAUCGUCAGUCGUGUACUUGACAUGAUUCAGGCCUGGGGCGAAGCUUUCUUACCGUUCCGGCACGAUUUUCCACUCUUUGUGAACACGUAUCACAAUAUGCGCAAGAAAGGCGUCAAGUUCCCGGAUCAAUAUGACGAGUCCAAGGUGCCGGUGCUGACUCCGGAGGUGCACUCAAGUGGACGCAGUAGCCUGUCAACAUUGUCGAACAAGACUCGUGGCUCGAGUUCAAUCGACACGUCGUCCUACUCAAAUACUAGUAAUGAACUGGGAGGACUGUCGACUCUUGAGCUGUAUCGUGUCGCGACGAAUGUGUUGGAAAUGUUCGAAGAUAUGCUGUUCGAGGCACGAAAGGCCGCAUCUUCAAUUGGAAACCACGGGGUGAUGGAGGAACUCGCCGUUGAAGUGAGGGAGAUUGUACACAGACUGGAAGGCGCCAUUCCAAUCGCUGUUGCUGAAGAGGACGAGAAUCUUGAGAAGUAUCUUUCGGCCAAUGAUGACCUUCAUGCAGCGCUGAACAAAUAUGAUGCGCUGUUAGCAGGAAAUCAAAAGGUCGAAGAAGAGGCUGCUGCAAAAACCAAACCGGAUGAAAUUGACCUCAUCGAUCCGUUUGGACUAAAGGACGACAUGCCCUCGAAAGGCAACGAAGACGAAGACAACCAGAACUCAAGCGAUGACGACCCGUUUGCGGAUUUUGUGCGUGCUCGGACUGGAUCAAAGAGGGAAACAACUGUCCUUAAGGAAGAUAAAUUGAAGCCUGAAGGUCACGUCAAGACUGCCUCAAAGUCACCUCAGCAAGACGAGGACGACCCAUUUGCAAGUUUCGUGCAGCAGAGGGCAACCAAAAUUUUUAGCAGUAGCAGUAACCAGGAUGCUGAGAACGAGACGAAGUCUGCUGUCACUGCAGCCUCUGGUGUACCUGCGAAGAACUUGAUCGACUUGUGGGAUGAUACGCCCGCGAUACCUCCAGCUCCCAUUGUAGCCCAACCAGCAGCAAAGCCUGAUCUUUGGUUUGGGGACAGUCCCCUUAGCAGUUCUACUCAACAGCCUGCGGUCGUGCCUACUGUAUCGGCCGAAUCGCCUAGUCAAGAUCCAUGGACUGGCAGCAACUCGUUUUCAAAAUCGGUCACGUCCGUUGCAUCACUCCCGGGGCCUUCUAGCACAAGCGGCACUUUAGGAGCAAGCUCGAGCGACCCUUUCGACAUGUUGGACUUUUCAACAAAGGCUUCUAUCUCGACUCCUGCUCCAGGCAAUCCAUUUGACAAUCUCCAGCGCGCCUUAAAAUCCCAGCAACCGCCACGUCCGGUGACAAGUAAAUCGUUUAACCCCUUCGACUUUUAGAUCAAUGCGAAGCUGUAACAAAUGGAAUUGCUGCUGAUUGUUUAUCAAAUGACCAGAUUAUAAACCGGAACAAAAUUUACGUAGAUAUA